AGGAAAAGGUUUUACGGCAGGAGAUAUGAGCCGUGGAUUUAUUCGCUACUGCUUUUAUGAGGAGCACAAAUAAAGGAGAUAAUGGGAAGCAAGUAGAGAGAUAGAAAGAGAAAGAGAGAGAUAGAAGGAGAGAGAGAGGUGCGAUUAGGGGGAAAAAGAGAAGGAAGCGGAAGCAAUAGAGAAGAUGGAUAGAAAUAGAGAAGCUAGAAGAGUACCUAUGGCGGCUGCCGGAAAUGGCUUGUCACGGCGAAGGCAUAGAGCCGGAAGUUUCAGAGAUUCUCCAGAGGACGACGGUCCGGUGGAGUUACCGGAGUCGGCGAGGCUGAGAGAUCGAGGUGGGAGUACGAAGAAGGAUCGAGAUCGGGAGCGUGAUAGAGACAGGGAGAGGGAAAGAGAAAGGGAUAAUAGGGAGAGAGAUCGGUUAAAUAGCCGGAGCAAAAGGAGAAGAGGAGAACGGUUAAUGAUGGUUCACGGUAAUUUAGACGACGGUGGCGACGACAGCUCGGAAGAGAGUGUCAACGACGAUGAAGAAUAUGACGACGGAGGCGUAGGACCACCGUCCUCGUUGAAGAUGCUUCCUCCGGCGAGCGCUUCGUUUUCAUCGUCUCUGUCAAAUCAUCACAACGGCAGCAGUAAUCUCCACCACCACCACCAUAACCACCACCAGAGGAAGAACUUUCCGCCAACAUCAAAAGUUUUCAGAUCGCCUCCAUCUCCGGCGCCGGUAUCACCUCUCGUCUCGUCUUGGAAGGCCGCAGACGAGAUGAUCGGCGUAUCGGUUCCUAGAAAAGCUCGGUCAGCUUGUACGAAGAGACCGCAUGAAUCAUGGGCGUCUAGUACUACCGGCGGUGGCGUUUUUGCUUCCGGAGAUCAAAUCCACCGGCAAGUGUCAACGUCCCCAGCUAGAGUUAGUCCGGCUUCCAUUCUAGCGUCUCCGUCUCCUCCAGCUCCUACAUCUCCAUCUUCAUCAAGCGUUUCCGCCAGGAAAAAAAUGCCGUCCGGGUCAAAACAGAAGCCGCUCCCACCGAAGUCAUCAUCGUCCAAGUUAUCAUCUCCGGUGGCCGUUCAAGACGAGAUCGAGAUCGAGAUUGCAGAGGUGUUGUACGGAAUGAUGAGGAUGCCUUUAGCGACGUCGAAACAAGAAUCCGCCGGUAACGAUUUGGGGGAGGCAGGUGGAAAAUCAACGGUGGAAAUCAAAUCCAGAGUAUCUUCGCCGAUCUCCAAUUCCCAAACAGUUCAUCAGUCUUCCAUCACACUAGCUGCGAAUUCGAGCUCGUCUAAUGUUUCUGCCAUCGCUCCUAAAAGAAAGAAGCCGAGGCAUGUUAAAUACGAUGACGAGAACAGCUCCAGUUUGCCAUCACGCGUCACUACAAUUCCGUCAAGCAUCAAAUCCGAAGCCGAAGCUCCAUCGAAAAGUCAAGUUCCGUUUGUCGAUCAGCUAAUCAGAUCAGGAUCCGCCGAAGAAAACAGCUCAGUUUUGGAAUCUACCAAUCUACAGCCUAGAGAAAGCAACGCGUCGUUGGAUUCGAGAUCAGCUGAGAAAAGAGAAAAUAAUCUGUCGAAAGAGGAGACGAAAUUGCCGAAACUGGAAUCUUCUUCAGGAUUUAGAUCCGAUGGUGAUGGAGCUGCCAUUUUAGGAGCUAAAUCAAGUUCGCCGGAGAAGGAGAAGUUUGAGAUAGAUCUGAUGGCGCCACCGCCGGUUAGAUCUUCAUCGGAGAGAGGCGGUGAGAUGGAAUGUGUGGCAGCAGAAGCUAAACCUAAAGUCACGGAAGUGGAAACGGAAGCAAAGUCUCUGCUGGAGGAAGAUGGUGGCGAUGCGAAGAUUCUUGAUUCUGAAGAGAAAAAGAAGCCUCGAACGUUGGCAGAAGCUGAACCUCAAAAGUCAGAGAGAAAUUGUGAGCUUAAACUCGACUUGGAUAAAUCUGAUCAUGCGAGUGUAUUAAACAAGCACCAUGCUCAGAAACAGCCACCCCAACAACAGUUAUCUGUUCACGAGAAAACAGCUCAAGCUGCCCCUUUGCCGCUACAUAUGUCAAUGCCAGGCUGGCCUGGUGGCCUUCCUACAAUGGGAUACAUGCCAUCUACACAAGGAGUUGUGCCUGCGGAUACUAGUUCCUUGUCAUCUGCGGCAAUGCAGCCUCCUCCGCAUUUACUCUUUAAUCAGCCGAGGCCUAAGAGAUGUGCAACUCACUGCUAUAUCGCUCGUAAUAUUCAAUCUCAUCAGCAAUUCACAAAGAUGAAUCCUUUCUGGCCUGCGGCAGCUGGCUCAGCUCCAUUGUAUGGGACAAAGGCCUGCAAUCUCAGUCUCAUGCCUCCCACAGAACUCCAGGGGAGUGUCUUGGGAAGAAGUUCCAACCCUGUUCAAGAUAAGAACUCUCAAUCUACUUCCAAGAGCUCAGAUACGGCUCAAAGAAAUCAAAUAUUGCUCCAACAAGCUCUGCCUCCAGGAGCAGCUAAUAACAUCAUGCAUGGUCCGACAUUCAUUUUCCCCGUGGGCCAACAGCCUCAUGCAGCUGCUACAAUAGCUGCUGCAUCCGUCAGACCGCCUAAUAGUGGCAACACAGCUUCAUCUGGUGGGACGGCUGCUUCUAACUCCAUGAAUGGUUCUGCAUCAGCUACUCCAGCUGGUGCCCCAACAAUGACCUUCAGUUAUCCGGGCAUGCCAGGCAAUGAAACGCAGUACCUGGCCAUCUUGCAGAAUAAUGGCUAUCCUUUUCCUGUCCCGGCACAUAAGCAUCUGCAGAACCAACAGCUGAGGCCACCGAUUAAUCACGGGAACUCCCAAGGGUUUCCAACUCAUAAAGUCCAAUCUCAGCCUUUGAGUUUCCAGCAGAGGCAGCAACCUAGAGAAAACGCGACUCAACAUAGCGAGACUGUAGGAGAAGAUAGCCCAUCAACCGCUGAUAGCCGGUCAUCUCGUUCCAAUGUUGCCUAUGGCCAGAACUAUGGUAUGCAUCAGAUGCAACCAACCAACUUGGGUUUGAUGAGUUCAGCAGCCCCGGGUGGUGGAGUGGUCGUAUCUUCUAGCAAUCAUGGUGAAAAGAAAUCACAGCAGCAGGUUUCAAAGGCUGGCGUGGAACCGUUCCAGUCCCAGGGCUAUGCUAUGACCUUUGCGACAUUCAACGGGGCUAAUGCUCCUGCUUCCCUGAACAUGUCAUCAAUUGCUCAGAAUCACGCUAUGUUCCACAGCAUUCCGGAAGCAGCGAGGCAAGGCUAUCAAAUGAUGGCUGCGAAUGUUGCUGCACAACAGAAAAUGAACUACAGUGCUCCUUCGGAUGAUGGUAAAUCUGGGUCUACUGCUACUGCUAACUCGAUGGAAGAACAAAGGAAGACGGGAGGAGGAGCGACAGGGAAAAACAGUGGUGUGAGUGGUGGGCAGUCUAUUGCUUUCUCAAGCAAACACGACUUAGCUGAUGCUUCUGUUUCUGCUGUAACGAGUGGUAGCAUCGUUGAUACAUCCCUGGCUGCUUCUGCUGCUAGAACCAAAGGGCCCGUGGCGAGUAACGGGAGUGGUUUCCCUGAUCACAACAAUAUCACCGUAUCACCCGCCGGAACGGCUAAGUUUUCAAAUCCCAAUGCAGGGUUCCCUCAAAACCUUGUCCAGUCAAGCAGCAGUCAGGUGCAGUCCCCUCAGUGGAAAAACAAUUCACCAAGGACGACCAACACUUCCCAAGCUCAGUCUCCUUCCAUGCUGUCGCCAUCCUCGUCUGUUUCUGCUGCAUCGUCCCUUCGAAACGUAUCGCACAAACAGCAAAGCCGUCCCCAGCAAUCUCAGAUAUCUUUUGCAGCAAACUCGAAACCCAUGUCUUCUGGGUCACCAAUGCAGCAGGUGCAAGGAGGAGGUAACAACAACCAGGCACCGUCUUCGCCGAUGUUAGUUGGGUCACCUUCUACGUCUUCCGUCUCCAAAAACGCCGGCGGAAGCCCGAGAACAACCGCUUCCGCUUCCUCAGCGGUGAACAAAGCCGGACAAGCUUCAUCCACUACUCACUCAUCAUCUCAGCCGUCCAAGAACUUGCAGCCUGCAUCCGCAGCUUCCUCCGCCGGUGGAAGGAACAACGGUCCUUCCGUUCUCGGAAACCCCACCACGAGCUCCGGAUCCAAGUCCCAACAACAACAACAGCAACAGUUGCCAAAGCAUGGGUUGCAGCCGCAAGCACAGCUUUUCUUCUCUAAUCCUUACAUGCAAUCUCAACAUCAACAUCCGCAGCAGCAGAUCACCAUAUCUCCUUCCGGUGGUUACUACAUUCAAAGACAUCAGCAGCAACAGUCAGGUUCCGCCGCAGCUGGUGGUGGCGCCACGGGUCCUCAAGUCACACUCUCCGGCUGCACCACGGGAACAAUCACAGCCACUUCAGAUCCAACGAAAGCCAUCGCUGCUGCUGCAGCCGCUGCAAAUAACAUGAAAGGAGGAGGAAAUGGUGGUGGCAUGGGGAAGACGCAGCAACAUCAGCUUGUACCUCCAGGAUUCCCCUAUGUUCACGCGGUUCCCUCUGCGGUUCAGGUUAAGCCUGUAGAUCAGAAGCAACAAGCGGCUUGUGCUGGCGAGAGACUAAAGGGGAUGAUGACUUUGGUGGAGUCGGAAGAAAAAAAGCAAACGGAACACAACAAUCGCAAGGGAUGACAUAAUUUUUUUUGGAGUUGGGAAGUGCUUUUUAAGCAUUUGUGUACAAUUAGUGUUUAUAUUAUUCUGUCAGGGACCUACGGUUGCAAUUCCAAAAAAAAAAAAAGGGGAAAAGUCACUGAAGUUAUUCUAAUUUUAAAAAAAUUUAUUCAUUCUUCUUGAGGAGGUUUGAGUGUUUUUUGGUGGUGAUUUUAGUUAGGUAAAAAAUUAUAACAAGAGGUAUUGUGUUGGCCUGUUGAGUUGUUGGAAUAUGAAGUUAGGGUUUUAUAUGAAACAUAAAACAGUAUUGAUGCAUUUAUGAUUCGUUCUUCUUCAGUCACAAGUAAAAAAGCAUUUAUGAUUCGUUCUUCUUCAGUCACAAGUAAAAAAGUGUAGUAACG